AUGAGCGGCGGCGGCGGCGGGCGCACUGGCGCCCGCGUGGCUGUGAAGAUGGAAAUAGCACCUUACUACAGCGAAGAAGGCUUGGAGCUGCUCCCGGACUUCGUGCAGCUGCCGGGUUUCGGUGGCGGGCCCGGACCCGGAGGAGCGACGGGACUUGAACCGCCUGAGGAAAGCGGGGCGGUUCAACAGCGCAAGUUGCUCCUUGUCGGGAAGCCACCGCCGCCUCCGCCUCCUCCUCCUCCUCGGGAUUUGGGGGCGGCCUCCCCGGGUAAUGCCACCUUGCCCCCGGCCGGGCCGUUCUUGCGUCCCCGCGGCAUCCCCAGCAGCGCCGUGCACCGCCUCAUUCAGGAGACCACCGUCGGCGCCGGCCCUGAGGUGGGCCCAGCCGUUUUACAGCCUUUGCUGAAGCUGCCUGCGGCCGCCGACUUGGAACAAUUGCUGAUCCAAGCGGGGAGCCCGGGCCUCGCCGGCCCAUCCAGCCCCACUGGCGGAGGGCCCUCGGUGGCGACGACCGGCGGAGCGCCCUUCUUGUACCGGUCUCCGCAACCCUCGGUUCCGCCGCAGGCGGUGACGCAGGAGCAGGAGGGCUUCGCCGACGGCUUCGUGAAAGCUCUGGCCGACUUGCACAAACAGAACCAGCUGCUCGGGGUGUCCCCGGCGCCUCUCUCGCCUACCCAGCACCCGGGAGGCCCCUGCUGCCCGACCAACAGGCAGGAUCCCCCCGCCGUCUACACCACCUUAGGCAACUUCAACCCGGCCAGCCCAUCGGCCGGCGGCGCUUUUUUCACUUCCCAGGCUGUGGCUCGUUUGCCGGUGCCAGGCUCGACUGGCAGGGCUUUGGAAGAGCCGCAGACUGUGCCGGAAGCGCCUGUAAUAGUGUCAGCUCCGCCGCCGCCCCCUUCGGGUCUUUCGUCCGGGGACUCCCCUCCGCCGCCUUCCUCCUUGUCCCCUCUGGACGCAGAGAGCCAAGAGCGCCUGAAAGCCGAGCGCAAAAGGCUGCGUAACCGUAUCGCGGCUUCCAAGUGCCGCCGGCGCAAGCUGGAGCGCAUCGCCCGCUUGGAGGAGAAAGUCAAAGCGCUCAAAGGCCAAAACGCCGAGUUGGCCGCCACCGCCAGCCUCCUCCGCGCCCAGGUCACCCAGUUGCAAGGUCGGGUCCGGAGCCACCUCUCCAGUGGCUGUCACAUCAACGCCGCUGCCCCCGCCCCCGCGCAGACCUUGGCAGUUGGGGGUCAACCCCCCGGCAGGGAGGCACCCACAGAGCCGGAGACCGGUGCUUGCUGAAAGCGUGUGACUCCCGGAAGAAGGAGAGACUCACCAGUGCGCCCAACUUUGCCAUGCAUGCACGGCAGAAAGUUGAUUAGACCUUGAUCAUGGUCUUGGGAAGGGCCAUGGAAGCCCUGCCUUCGGUUUCACAUCCUUUGGCUUCUGCAGAGUAGUCUUCAUUCAUCUGAAGUAGGCAGGGAAAGGUUCGGCUUCUGGGAGACCAUGCAGGUAUCUUAAACCAGUUUCUGAUAGAAGUCGGAAGAGCCAGAGAAGAACUUGGUAUAAUGGCAGAGAGAGAAAUAUGCCAGAAAGAAUAUCCCAUGGAACAGAGUAGGACUUGACAGUGUUAGUCUUUCUAGAAACAACUUCUUAAAAAUAACAACUGUCAUUCUUAACUAAAGGUUGGCAGCUUCAAGCAUCUCCAACAACUAGCAGGUUUCCUGCCAACCACCUAAGUAAUGAAAGUAUUACUGAAAUUGGUAAUAAGCAGCUGGAAGUAAUGCUCUUGGGUUCUUUUCAAGAGCACAAAAAAUGCAAAACCUUCAGAGGGAAAGAGGAAAGUGUCAAGCUUCUCCAGUUGAAACCCCUCUGACUACCUUCAGCCUGUGAAGAAGUCUGGGGCUGGGUUGUUCCUUGGUUUUCUGGAAGCUACAGCUUAUUUUUCUAGCUUUCUUGUCCUGCUUAAAACGAAGAACCAGAGCUUUGCUGACUAAAUGUAAAAAUAUGUCUUGUUGCUGGAAAUCCAAAGGUCUCUUCAAAGAUCAUACUUGUGGACAAAGGUUAUCUUUGUGGAAGACUUUUAUAUGUUCUAAAGAUUCUUAAAUUUUAUUUUUAUUCUGUGGUUGAAGGUAACUGAGUGCAACAUGUAUUAGCAUUUCUGCAAAAAGGAAAAAAAAGUUACCAAGGAUGGUUAAAGACACUCUAAUGUGUUUUGCUGAAGGUGUAUUUACAGCUUUCUAAUGAACAGUGUGGAUUUUCUAAGAUGGGAUAGUAAGGGAAUAGUAAAUAUGUUUGUAUAUCAUGCAUAUUGCUAGUUAUUUCAGUAGAUAAAACAUAUUUUUAAGAGAGAGCAGCUCUAGAAUUUGCCAGUAGAUAGAUUUGUGAAAUGUUUUUCAACAUUUAGAAGACUUGUGCAAAGUUAAGUGAAUUUUGUGUACAGAUUAUUUGUUAUUUUCUUCCUGUAGAGGUUCUCUAGAUUUGCUAAACGCUUGAGAGACACUACAUUUAUAUGUUUAGGAAGUACUACGGAGUAUGUGGCUGAGCAAAUUUUUCUUGAUGAACAAAAGAAAACAGUCACAAACCGUAAUUUGUCGCUAUGAAAAUGUUGCCAUUGAAGCUAAUUUCACAUUUCUGAUGCUGGAGAUUUAGCCUACUAUGCCACAUAAAAUAUUUAUUUAAAAAGCAGAUUUUAAGAAAAUGCUUUUCACCCCUAGAUCUAUGAGCUCUAUAUUAUUUCUUGUGCCAGCACAAAGUAGGGGUAUGGGUGCAUUUAUUUAUUAAAACUAUAGGAUAUCUGUUUAUUUUUAUAACAUGCAAGAGGAUAAAAGAAAUCUUUUUGAAGAAAAAUAUCAAAUGUUUUAUCUUUUACAGUAUACAUUCCAGCUGUAAUUGUUCUCGGUAUGAUCACAACUAUAGUGCUAUACAGAGAAAAAAAUUGGAUUAAAAAAAGAUAAAUUAGUUAAUUCAACUAUGUUUUGAAUAAUUCAUGAAAAAAUUAAUAGAAAUGUAGAUAGCCAUAUAUUUUUAGAAGAACUAUGUGUAAGCUAUUUUAUUCUCAGGAUGGAAGGUGGCAAGUAAAUUUAUAAGCUGAGUUUGAAAGGUUUAUUGAGUUUUAUUUUAAAAUGGGAUCAGAAAUAAACAUUGUUUUUUUGCUUCUUUUUUAAGGGUUUUGAUGGUUUUAUUGGUAUUUUGUGAGUUUUAUUAGUAACUCCACCAAACUGUUUAUCAUGGAUGACAGCCCUACCUACCAACAUAUUUCAUUGUAUAAGUUUUACCCUUCUCCAAAUGCAGUUUUCUUACGUCCUGUGAUUUUAUUUUCUGAUUCAGCUACAACUUUCCAUGCAGUAAAAACCCUUGCCUGGAUAUUUGCCAGGAAAGUAUUGUGUCAAAAACAUACUAGGGCACAGUUGAUUUUUCUUUCAUGCAGUAGUAUUGACAUAACCUGCUUGACUGAUAGGUUGAUGUUUAUCCUAGACUUAGAUGGAUACCUAUGAAGGAGUCAGAUUUUCAGAAAAAAUGGCAAUUAAGAGCUUUUGAUUUGGAAUCCUAUCACUGCAAUCUUGGCAUUUUAGGAGUAGAGGGAGAACUGGUGAAGGAAACUUACAUUAAUUUGAUUAAACCAUCUUGCACUGAUUGACAAAGAUACUUUCAUAAUAUAUUCUUUAUCUUUUCCCUGUAUGCGAUUAUUUUUUUCUUGUUUGGAAUGCACAUCUAUACUAGUAUUUUCAGUCAACAUUAGUAUGAAUAAUUUUCUUUCCAAUUUUGUUAACAGUUAAAAAUCAGAUAUUUUCAAAUGUUCUCUAGACGAUGUAAUACUGAAAUAGGAGAAUUUCUCAGGUAAGUUCUGUACUGGAAUAUUGUGUUUUGGAAAUGGAGCUUAGAGAAAUCAUUAUUCCUACUUCAAAAACAGCAUCCUAUUUCUUAAUUUUUUCAAAAAAAGACACAUCAUAACUGGUGCCUUCCCUUGGCACGCAGAUCAUUCAUUAUCUUGUUAAUGCUGUAUGUAUGUUGUAACAGUUUUUGCCAAAAACAUGACGUGCUUGAAAUAUUUGCAGUAUUCUAAAUUGUUUGCCUUUUUCUAGCCUAUUUGGCAAAUAUUGCCAAUGUAUGCAGUUUUUGAAGCUUUUUUCCGUGAUAAUUUCUCUGAAUACCAUGUAUUUUGGACACAAUUUCCGGAUAUUUUUAAUAUUGUAUUUUUUUCCAUGUACUAACCAAUCUGCCAGUGUCUUUGAAAUCCUGUUUACAUGCUGCAUCAUUUGUUGGUUGACUAUCCAUUAUUGCUGAUGACCUGGGAACAUACUUAUUCCCAAGGGAAGAAAUUUCAUCCUUAUGCAAAUUUCACCCUUACUUUUUUCUCAUCUGUUCUGAUUACUGUGGGGGUUGCUGUUGUUGUUUUGCAUGUGCCUCUAAACUACUCUUAGAGAUCUAUUAGAUUUGUUUUUAUACACUUUGUCUCUUGCACUUUAAGUAAUUUUAAAAACAACCCACUCCCCCAAAUUCUAGACUAAAUGGUACUCACCUGUCUUAAGGUGAAUUAGGCAAAUAACCCAUUCUAAUAUUGUUGAUGGUUCAGAUGAUGUCCAUUGACCUAAAAUCAAGAGAUAAAAUCUUGUUACAAGAAAAAAAGAUGUCUUUGCAGGAUUUGAGAACUUAUCGUUGAGUUUUAACGAGAAGAGUUGUUUGGCAGCUGGUUUUCUUGUGCACUUCUCCAGUUCAUGUGAAUACUCAGGUGAUUGUAUGGCUCAAAAGGCUGACUAAUUUUGUUGCUAACUUGGUGAGUAGUGAUGUAUCACGACUCUUUUCCAAUGGUUCUUUUUUAACUUACCAAUGGAAUCACUUUUUGUUCUAUUUGGAAUGCUUGUCAUUGAUAGAAAUGUACAUUCAGGUGUGGACUUACUCUGAAAACACCAUUCGUUAUUAUAGGUUUUGUAGGGAUUGAUGUAAAACCCUGCAUGUUUUCACAGCAGGAUUUUUAUUCAUUCUAAGAAAAUCGUUGUUGGCUUUAUGAGAACUCGACUGUUAGCCUGAAAAUUUCGAUUCAAUGUUUUUUUUCCCCAUUAGAAAUGUUAGUGGGCCAUUGGCUUUAAUUAUGAUAGUGUAUUUUUUUCCUGGAAGUUGUAGAACACUUAUUAGUAUUAAAUGUACUAGGAUUAAAAGACAUUAGAGCAAGUGUCAAGCAAAUUCAUAUAUGUUUAAACCCCAUGAUUUUAGUCAGAGUAUCUUUUUAAAUUUUACGUGGAAAUCACUGCAAUAUAAAAGUGCUUAAAUUUUGCUGGAGCACUGCUUAGCUUUUUAUAUUGCUGCCAGAAAGCAUUUUAAUAAUAUGUAUCUGGAACAGAAGGAUGUAAAAAUCAAACAUAGGCCCUAGUGCAUAUUACUGUAAUUUCUUGCUUUCUGUUGCAAAGCUGAAUCUGUUUAAGUAUGACAAUAUUUCUAUUACUCAAUGAACUUCAAAGUGAUUUUUGCUGUGUUAAUUGUUGUCAGUAUUUCCCCACUGUGGAGCAGUUGUAUUGUAAAUAAACACCUGUUCCUUUAAUCAGAGGUAUUUAACUUGAUAACUAGGUAUAAUUUUGCAGUCAGACAUUCAGAUGCAAUCAUAUAAUUUUUGUCUUUCGCAGUUUAAGCAUAUUGUUUUUUUUAAUAAUAUAACUUUAGGUUUAAGACUUUCUAUACAUGAUCAGUUCUAAAAAUACUUAUUUAGCAAUUGCGUGGAGAGCAAAAUUAGUUUUGUAGAUUUGAAAGAUUUGGGGCAAGGGAAGUUUAUAUAAUAGCAACGUGUCUUAUGUAUGAUGUUUCAGGCAAUUUGUUCAGAUAAGCUUGGGUUAUAUUUUCCUUUUUGAAAGCAAUGCUCAAGUUGUCUAAGAAUCUGCUAAGUGGGGUGUGAGUAAUCCCUCUUAGAUAAGGUGUAGUUUUAACCUUUUGUGUAGUUUGAAACAUAAACUGGAAAUUUGACAUGAUAGAUGAAAAAUGUCUGUUAUAUUAGAUAAUGCAAUUAUUAUAUAGAUAAUAUUGAAAAUGUCUCCAUCAGGAGUAUGUCUACUGAGAUUGAGUUGUAGAAAUUUGUAGUACACUCGUAGCCUUUUUUUAUUGAUGCUAACUCAGUAUGGCUUCCAGAGUAUGGCUUCAUCAGAGUUCCUGAUGAAGUUUUAAUAGUGAAUUCCUGAAUUAUAUCAUGAUAACUAUACUACUUUGAAACAAAUCAUAGCUAAUGGUUUAAAAUAAAAUGCAGAUAUACCUAUGUUUCUCUAAGAAAAGCAUAAAUCUGAUAUUUUAAGCCUUUUUCCUCCAAACAUAGCAUUCCCAUAUAACAUUCAGGAAGAUUUAUUGGUAAGGACUAGGAGGUAUGCAUAGGAUUACAACUUUUAAGGGUCUCCAGCUCCCUGAUUCUCAUCUUUGACCCACUGGUCUUCACUGAUUGAUUAGUACACACUAUUACGUCACAGAGUCCCAUACAAGAAAGAAUUCUGAAGCUCCUUGGGUGAAGUAAUGUGUCAUAAAAUUCCCCAUAGUUGAUCAGUCUCGAGAAGAGACCUACUUACUAACCUAUAACACGUGUGUCUUUCUGAAAUUUGAUACAAAUGAGCUGGGUUUUUUUCCUUGCUUAGGAACAAGAAAAGUCAUGUUAUUAGGAGAAUAAGGUAAUCCAAACAUUUGAGAAGUGAAAAAGUAUGUGUAUGUAUGUGUUUAAGAAUCAUGAGUUGAAUUUGGAGUUAAUUAUACUUCAUGCUCAGACCUAUGAAGUUGGUGGGAUUUUAGGUAGUUUAGUAGUAAGUGCGGUUAAAUAUUUAUCCAGCAUAGUCAUUAACAUUUAAUCUCGCAAAGCUAUCUUUUUAUAUUAGAGACAUAUGUAAUUGAUUUAUUUUUAUGCUGGAGACAUACCUUGAAUUGGGACUGACUUCAGGCUUAGUGAGGAUCAAGGUAAUUCUCCGAAGCAGAAAGAGUUUUGAUAAGAUUGGGAUUUUCUGUUCAGUCCCUUUUGGGUUCUACUCAAAAGUGACUUAACAGUUUUGACUUUUGGAUGGUUUUCUAGAAGCAGAAUUUUCUGUAAUCUAGUUUUGAAUAUCUAGAAUUAGGUUCCUGUAGGUAGAUUUAACUCAAAGCUGGUUCACAAGUAGAAUGUAAUGGGGUCGAAGAAGAAAAAAACAGGAUGCGUGUCUAUAUGAAAUUAAACCUGUCACCAAUUACCUUAAGCAAUGUUGUAGUUGCUUAAAAUUUGGAGUGGGGCUUUGAUUUCAUUCUGAAAAUAAAUACCAGUAUCCCAAUUAGGCUAUCUUUCCUUGUUUUCUUAUUGAAUUCUACCCCUCUCAGAUAUGACAGUAUUGCCAAUGGCCUCACAGUCUAUCUGAAACCACCAUAAUUACAAAAAUAUUCAAAUGAAGUAUUUAAAAUAAUACCAAAUAAUGCCAUUCUAAAUGAUAAGAAAUCAUAGGAAAGCAGCGUUCCUGUGCCUUUAAAACAAGCAUGCAAGUUAAGCCUUUCACAUAUAUUGCUAGUGUACCACUUAGUUUCAGAGCUAAGAAUGAUACAGGGUUUUUUGUACAGUUUUUGAAUAUUAUCUGAAGGCAGGAAAGUUGUGCCAUGAUCAUACUGUAGUUAUAGGUCAGACAACAAACCAAGGCCAAAACCACUAACUUUAGGAUAUGAUCAUAUGGUGAAGGAGGUAAAUGGAUUUGUUUGAUUCUGUUGUCUCUUAAUUGCUUAGCAUAGUGGGUCUCAACCUUCCUAAUGCCGCGACCCUUUAAUACAGUUCCUCAUGUUGUGGUGACCCUCAACC